GGAGGGGGGGCAGCACUACACCACAGCAAGACUUGGGGGCCGCAGCUCGAGAGUGGGGAGAGCCCCGUUAGUGGCGGCGCAAGGCGGAAGGGCACGGGGCUCUGAGGGGGGGAAACCACAGCGGCCUCUCAGUUUCAUUCUCCCCUCAUUCUCCAGUUCUGAGAUCAGACCUGAGAGAUGGCAACAAGAGUGGAUGUGACUUUCACUUUCAGAUUCUGAAUACAGGAUUUGAGCUCAGCUGUGAAAAAUAUGGGAGACGACAGGCCAUUUGUGUGCAAUGCUCCAGGCUGCGGACAGAGGUUUACAAAUGAGGACCACCUGGCGGUUCAUAAACUCAAGCAUGAGAUGACAUUGAAAUUUGGUCCUGCCAGAACGGACUCAGUCAUCAUAGCAGAUCAGACUCCAACACCAACCCGUUUUCUGAAGAACUGUGAGGAAGUUGGCCUCUUCAAUGAGUUGGCAAGUUCAUUUGAGCAUGACUUCAAGAAAGCCACAGAAGAUGAUGAGAAAAAGUGUUCUGGACCCCUGGAUAUGUCUCUGCCCUCUACCCCAGAUAUCAAAAUAAAAGAGGAAGAGCCCGUUGAAGUGGACUCUUCCCCUCCAGACAGUCCAGUGGCAAGUCCACGGUCACCGCAGGCCAAGGAAAAGGAGAGUGCUUCAAAGCCUGUUAUCAUCUCUACACCUACUCCAACCAUUGUACGUCCUGGGUCACUGCCACUGCACUUGGGAUAUGAUCCUCUACAUCCCACUCUCCCUUCUCCAACCUCUGUCAUCACCCAAGCGCCACCUUCCAACAGACAGCUUGGGUCUCCAACUAGCUCCAUACCACUUGUCAUGCACCUUGUGAAUGGACAAACCAUGCCUGUUCUUCCUGGCCCUCCUGUUCAGAUGCCUUCUGUCAUAUCGCUAGCGAGGCCAAUGUCCGUGGUGCCAAACAUUCCUGGUAUUCCUGGUCCUCCAAUUGCCAGCAGCGGCUCCAUUUCACCAUCAGGCCUUCCAGUGCAUUCAGAAGCUAAAAUGAGGCUGAAAGCCAGCCUGACACAAGGUGUUACUUCCUCGCUAAACGGCAGCGGCAUGGUAGUGGGGUCAGCAAGCACAAUGGUGACCUCUCACCCUGAACAAGGUCAAAUACUCAUCCAGCACCCCGAUGCACCUUCUCCAGCCCAACCACAGGUUUCUCCAGCUCAGCCCACGCCUAGCACAGGAGGUAGGCGAAGACGCACAAUGGAUGAAGAUCCAGAUGAACGCCGGCAGCGUUUCUUGGAGCGGAACCGUGCUGCGGCCUCCCGUUGCCGCCAGAAACGCAAGCUCUGGGUAUCAUCCUUGGAGAAGAAGGCAGAAGAACUCACAACACAGAACAUCCAACUAAGUAAUGAAGUUACACUAUUAAGGAACGAAGUUGCUCAACUCAAACAGCUACUGUUGGCUCACAAGGAUUGCCCAGUCACUGCAUUACAGAAGAAAACACAAGGUUAUCUCGAAAGCCCCAAGGAGAGCUCUGAGCCGACUGGUUCCCCUGCUCCUGUCAUCCAGCACAGUUCUCUGACGGCCUCCCCAAACGGGCUGAAUGUUCGCUCUGCAGCUGAAGCUGUUGCCACUUCGGUCCUCACUCAGAUGGCAAGCCAAAGGACAGAACUGAACGUGCCUAUGCAGUCGCACGUCAUUAUGGCUCCGCAGUCCCAGUCUGCUGGCAGAUGAUGUCACAAACCACAUGACACAGAACUUCCCAAUAAGAACUUGCAGCAGGAGAGACUGAUCAUAACUAAGCCCCUUGAUCAAUCUGGGGUGGAUACAGGUUUUUGUUUUUGUUCAAGUGAGUUAAGGGCAGCUAAGGAGCUUCUAAACAGUCUAUCCCACACAGAUCCUGGCCCAAAGCUGUUCUCGUCACGUGACCAUCUGUUUCUUUAGGAUGACUUCAGGCUGAGCAGCUUCACCAUCUCCCAAGCAUGAUCAGCCAUCAUACGCAUUGCCUUGUUCAGCGUGGUCUUAAUGGUUAAUGUUCAGGUAUAAGUUGUGCUAACACUAAGCCUCCCUUAGCUUGGCUACUUACGGUGCUUUUUUGAGUUGGCCCCUUUAGCGAAGGAAAGCAGCUCUUGGAAGAGGCUGGGACAUGUUGCUGGAGCUGCCCGUUUGGGGUUUCUUUUUUCCUUUUUAGCAUCCCGCUGCUUUCAUACAUCUCUGGUGUGUCUUCUACCACUUUCACUGGCCCUUCAGUUCUGCACUUUCACACAGGACUCCAGUUCAAGGCUCUGAAGGUGGUAGCCUCCAUGACUUUGUGGGUUUGAUAUUUACCAUCCCACCCGUCCCCAAAUUACUUGUCAAGCAAGAAAGAACCUUCACCAUUAGCUGCUGUGAUUUCUGGGUGUUUUGCAGUGGAAACGGCAAACUUUUUUGUGUGCUGCACAGAUUGUGUAGUCUGUGGCCCUGCAUAGGAUCAGGCCUGUGUUUAUUCUCCUCGGUCACCCUUUAGCUGGUACAGAUUUCAGUACCCGAGGAGCUCUAUUUUGGGGGCUGAAGAGGAAAGAGAAAGGUCUUAAUCCUCAUGACUGUGAAGGUAACCAUGGCUUACGUACCACGCAGCCUGCAGAUGGAAGUGGGGAGCAUGUGCACUGCCUCCAUCCUUCUCCAAACCAUGUUGGCAGGCUUAGUGGCAGCAUGGGAGGCUCCGUGCCAAUGGUGUGCUGCCUCAGAGCAGCUCCACCCAACUCCCAGGAUUCCCAGUGAGGGUUGGGCGAAGCUGUCCUGGCACAGUGCCGUUUGCAUGGAGCUUCCCACACCGUCACUAGCUGCACCCAUGUGGUUUGCAGGAGGACGGAGGCAGCACACAUGCCGCCCAUUUGCAUCCGCGGGUAGCUGUGCCGUGUGUACGCCUAUGAAAGCACAUUGGGAAGUGACACCUAGAGUGUCAGAUGCCAGGAGGAGGGUGAACAGUGAUCAGAGGGCAGAACUUUAGCACACUGCAGAGCUUCUCGUUCCUUCUCAAGUCUGGCAGAAGAAUAAAUUAAGCAACUUGAGGGUGUAGAAAUGGGGGGAAAUAUGCAGACUGUAUGCCAUCCUAUGCUUAAUGGUAGGCUUCCCUGAGUUUGCAAGGUACCUGGCUGCUGUCUGUCUGUCUCUCUGUCUGUCUGUCUGUCAUACAAAGUUGAGCUGGGAUGAUACAGGACUUGCCUUGCUGCAGAGUCUCUCCCAGGUCACAAAUCUGAAAGACUUCAAAAUGCUUUUAAAUUCUGCACAUUUCAGUCGAUCAGCUGUCACAUUUAACCUGAUGAUCUUAUUAAGACUUGUGGCCUUAAAUCAUGAACUGUUUGUUUUGAAAAUGAGAAGAUUGGACAUGUAUUCCAACCUGCUUUCCCUCUUUUUCUUCUUUCUAAUGGUUUCUCCCUUUGCUUUGGGUAACGAUGCAUCCAUUGCCUCUCAUCCACCCCUUACAGAACAAAUGCAGGAUUCCUGGAUCAUCACUGAAAUGAGGUAGAUUUAAAACAAAAAUCAAACUUGACAUUUUAAAGGCACUUGGAAUUGUUGCUUCUGGAUGCCUCUGUAUAUUGCCAAAGCUCUGUGUGUGUGUGUGUGUCCGUGUCCUUUUGGCCUUGACCUCUUGCUACCUGGGUAAUUGUUGUCUAUUUCUAGCUUGAAUUUUGAGCAAGAGAGGAGGGUGCUAUGUGAUAUUUGUGCUACAGCUGUUAGCAUAUGACUUCAUAGAAUGCCCAUUUUUCAUUAUUCACGUUUUCCCCACAUCUUGGCAAGUGUACUUUAUAGAAUAAACAUACACAUACUUAUAUAAAAUCUAUUCAGGGCCAGCAGUAUCCACAGCAUGACGUGGACAUGUUGAAAUGAGUGCAGAUUUUCCUCAAUGAGGAGGCUCUCUUAUCCCUCUUCUCUUUCUAGCUUCUCAGUGCCUCACCAUCAUUGUUUCUCCACCUGUUUCCUUGCUUUACCAUGAUCUUUCUUCAGUGACUUUAUUUUUCCUUUUCCUUCCUCAUUUGUUUAAAAGCAGCAAGAAACUCACUCUGUCCGCAGAUUUCUAGUAGGCAUUUCAGACAUUCUGUCACUUGUCUUCCCCUCCUGCUCCCAGAUCAUUUGAUACGUUGAAAAUGCACAUAGGCCAGGACUAUGGGUAUAACUUGUCCCAACAGGGUAUCUGUUUCCUUAGUGACAGCUCCGAUAAUAACACGCAGCAGGUGCAGCCAGGAUCCUCUAAGGAUAAUAGAACAGGAAAGCAGCUUAGAGGAUAGAGGAAAUAAUGUGAUUUUUUUUUCUUUGCCCCUUUCAAAGCUCAACUCUGCUGUGUGUGUCUAUUAAAAACAUUUCAGAGUCCUUUUCAUUAUUGAAUAAAUACCACAAAGGGUCAGAGAGGCACUAGAGAAACCAGUCUUUAGGAUGGAGCAUGCAGAAGAAAAAAGGAAUCCAGGUAGAGUUGAAUCAGAAAUCUGAAUUAGUACCACAUUUCUUAUUAACAGUCACUAUGUGUGAUGCUGCACUAUCAUGAAAGAGAAUGGUGUAGUGGUAGCAGCAGCAGCACUAUUGCAUUUGUUUCUGUCCUGCUUUUACAACAUUCUUUUUAAAAAUACUUCUAUACCAUUUUUCAACAAGAAGCACUCUCAAAGGGGUUUUACAUAAAGGAAUGGGGAAAUGCUUCUGUGUCCCAAAGGAAUUCACAGUCCCUAAAAGGAAACGACCACCACUGGGAGGGACACUGUGCUAAGCUGAAUAGGAGCAGUUGUUAUCCCCCUGAGAAAUAUGAGAGCUAUCACUUUAAAAAGUGCUUCUUUGCCCAGUUAGCAGGGGUGAAUGUGAUCAAAGGGCCAUUGAUCAAGCCGCCUCCUACUGAAUCACCCAGUGGAUCCAUAGUAGCUCACAUAAUGUAGUUAGAGGACUUCCCCCUGUGGCCUGAGAUUGUUUUAGCUAGAGAUGCUGUAGACGGAACCUGGGACAUUCAGUAUGCAUAGCAAGUGUGUUCUGCACCCCAUGCAAUGGCUCAUCUCCUAAGCUGUAUUCGGACAUUAUGUUGUACAUAUGUACAAGUGUCCAUAUGCAUGCACAUAUAUUUCUGUAAAUUGCUGUACAUGCCAUCAUUUAAAAAGUGGACCUGGGUACAGGUUCCCUCCAAUGAUAGGCCUCCCUCAAAUGCAGGGUACAGAUAGGAAGUAUACUAUUGUAUGUGUGCUGAACGUUAUAUGUGAAUAACUGUACAAGCAUACAGACCUGUACAUGCAUGCACUAUACAUAUAUUAGACAUGCACUGAACAUAAUGUGUGGAUUGGGCUCUAAUUGGUAUAUCUUGAUUAGAACAGUUCCUGGUUAAAUGUCCAGUAGAACGUCCUUAAGCAAGCCUCAAGAGCAAGGGUGCACGACUCAAAUGCCCUGGUGGACUGCAACCAACCAUGGCUUGGUAUGCGGUCGGGAUGUGCACAAACCGGCAGAUGGCCGGUUCAGCACCAGGAGGCUCCCGGGGGAGGGUGCUUCCCACCCCAGCCACGUUUCCCCCGCCGGCACCUUUGAAAUAGCUGGCGAAGGGCAGCAGUGUACCUCCUUGCCACCCCGGUCAGUGUCAAACCGGAAAGGCCCGACACGCAUGCGCACCGCACCUUCAAACUGGUUCAGUGGUCCACAGAAGGACAGCUGGACCAGUUUGUGCAGAUCCCUAGUGUGUGGGGGCCAAGGUCAAUUUUCAGCAUAAUUAUUGCAUUAACAUUAAUUAUUAAAAAAUAAAGCAGUUAGUAAAAAAAAUUUUUAAUUUAAGAAAGACAUAAAGACAGAGAGAAUGAGACAUGUAAAAUGUAACUGAAAACACAAACCAAAUCUAUAUGUGAACUAUUGAUGGGCAAGACCAAAACUCCUCUUGGGUUGUGUUAAACCACCAGCCCCCGGACCUCCUUUGUCCAUAAUCGCCUCCUCUCUCUCCCCCCACAGCUAGGUAUGUAAGCUUCCCAAGCCCUGGGCACUUCCCUCCCACAAGCCCCGAUCUGAAGGAUCUCCAAUCGGUUCUUGGGCUGGCACUUGAGUCCUUGUGGGACCUGCAUUCCAGUUGGCCAUCAAGAGCAGCAGCCGCCCACCCUGGCAGCCCACUGUCGCAUUCCCCUUGUCAGCAAGCCCCAGCACAGCACCUGAUGAGAAGCCUGGAUGGGUCCACAAGGAGGGAGGCUGGCUGACUGCUGCCCUUCCUCUAUUCUGACUGCGGCUUGGUAGGACACUUGCCCAUGGGGUAGGCCGGCUGCCGCCAUGCUCUGCUGCUGGUGCCUGCCACACCGGCAAUGAAGCAAGGGGGGGGGGGCGGCUGCUGGGUGCACCACAUGCUCUGCAGGGAGCAACCAAGAGGAGUUGCUGCUGCUGCUGCUGCAAUUAACCCUUUCCAGGCCAAAAUCCUCCUAGGGAGCUAGCAGACUGACCAACUGCCAGCACUCCUUCUGCCUGCUCCACUCCAGGAAGACAGCAACUUAAAGUCCCAGUGGAAGCCCUGCGGUCCAGCAAAAACAAGCCUUGUGGGCCAGAUCUGGCCUGCAGGCCUCGUGUUGUGCAGGCCAGCCACUCCUGGGCCCCUUACCUGUCCUCCACCCCUGCUGCUCACGGUGACUGUCAGAACUCUCGUCUCUAACAGUCCGGUUUCUUUAUGAGCUUGUGCACAAACAUGUACAGAAUUGUAAGGUGAUAUGACAGCUGGGAUUAUCAUUUCAGAAAAGGAAGGCUUUGCAGACUUUGCAAACCACCUUGUGGUUUGGUGGUUCUUGUAUGGCCCGCAAGCUGCCUGUUAAGUGGUGGGACUGCUAGAAACCCACAUCAAUUCUAAAUGUCAAAUUUGCUGAAUGGGAUUCAUAGAUUUUUCCAGGAUAGCACAGGGGUCAUCUCAGGCUUUACAAAUGGCAGUUGUAGGACUAUAUUUGGAAUCCCAAGAGCUGUUUACGGCUCACAACAUGGGGCUUAUGCCAGCCCAGUAGAAUUUUGACUUUGCCUUCCUGAAUAGCUGAUGCAUAUACACACACACCCCAUACCAUAUGGGAAACUGCUUUUGAAUUGUCCUUUGUUUCAAAAGCAGCCAGCCACAUGGCAUGGGGGCAGGGUUGCUGUUUGCGAAAAGCAAGUUUUUAAGCUCCUCCUGGACUCAUAGAACUGGUUCGUGGAUCUUUGGCCCUGGCUUAUAUGUCUGUGAACUUGCUUCUCAGUAGUUGCAAUCCAUCAUUGUGUCAGGGAUCCAGUGAAACAUAUAGAACAGAGGCAAGGCAUUCUAUGUCUUAUCCCUAAUAUAUAUUCAUAUACUUGUCCUAACAUUUUUUUUAAAAAAACCAGAAGGUGGUAGAUGUUGCCAGUAGUUAUUAGAUGUCUGUAGCUACUGCUUAGAGGAACACUCUGAAAGUCCAUGUGGAGGAGAGCUGGUCUUGUGGUAGCAAGCAUGACUUGCCCCUUAGCUAAGCAGGGUCCACCCUGGUUACAUAUGAAAGGGAGACUAGAAGUGUGAGCAAUGUAAGAUCUUCCCCUCAGGGGAUGGAGCUGCUCUGGGAAGAGAGCAGAAGGUUCCAAGUUCCCUCCCUGGCAGCAUCUCCAAGAUAAGGUUGAGAGAGAUUCCUGCCUGCAACCUUGGAGAAGCCGCUGCCAGUCUGUGAAGACAAUACUGAGCUAGAUAGACCAGUGGUCUGACUCAGUAUAUGACAGCUUCCUGUGUUCCGCGGUCUGAGGUCAAAAUAUAAUGUAUCCAAAGCCCUUAGAAAAGCACAAUAUCCCAUUCUAAUUCCUGUGUGUUAAAUCAAUGGCUGCUUAAGUACAAGACAGGUUCUUUUGGCAUAGAAGACCUAGAUACACAAUAAGCCCUUCUCUGCAGUUGAACUCCAGAGGAGUUCAGUGCUAAGAACCUUGCAGAAGCUGUGCUUUACCUUAACAAAGUGAAGCCUAUAUAGGAGAUGCUGACUAGGGGUGCAGGCAGAGGGAAAGCUUGAGGAGCAACUCCUCACUUAAAUGUUUGAAAGGAAGAGGAAAGACACUUGAGGGGGAGGGGAGAACAUGCAUUUUGGGGAUUUACGAAAUGGGAUAUUAGGUUUGUAGGGGGGAAAUUGCAUAAAAUGGGGGAGGGGUUUCCCCCUCAAAUGCUUAGCGCUCAGUGUGCAGAUCCCCUAUAUCUACCAAAGGUUUAUGAUGUACUUACACAGACCUCCCUGUCCAGUAGACAUAAAAGGCAAAUUGUUUCUAUAAAGAACAGAAAACUAAAGACAAUUAUUCAUUGUGACCGAUCUAAGAAUACUGCUUUACUAAUUAACUCAUUAUUCUGAUGGUCAAGGCCCCCCCACCCUCAGGGCAAAUAAAGUUGUGUCGUUGAGUCGGUGUCGACUCCUGGCGACCACAGAGCCCUGUUGUUUUCUUUGGUAGAAUAUAGGAGGGGUAUUGCCAUACCAUUGCCAUCUCCCGCACAGUAUGAGACGAUGCCUUUCAGCAUCUUCCUAUAUCACUGCUGCCCGAUAGAAGUGUUUCACAAAAUCUUCCUGUGUUGCUGAGCAGUCCACUACAGGGUACUAACCUUACUGGUUUGAUUUUAUGUCUGUCUGAUGCUGAAAACCUCAUGCUAACAGAAAGGGAAAAUAAGUGCCUUGAUAUUCCCAGGCAUUGUUGAGCUACAUAUACUUGCUAUAAAGUUUCAUGUAGACAGGAGAAUAACCAGUCCUUUGGUUGCAAAAUAUAAAAGCGAAGAGGGGAUCCUGAGCUCCAGUCUUGAAUAUUGUUGCCCCAGAUCACCCAUCGGUAGUGCCCCUAUAGUGGUAGUAUUACAAAGGGGCUUAUGAUACACUGGCAUGAUAAGGGGUACUCCCUAUUAUUAACUUCAUUUGCUAGUGCAGCAAGUUUUUUAGGUCAAGCCUCAAUGCAUGUGUCAAAAUGUUAUGAAAUCUUAACUGUGAACUGCUUUUUUUGCCCUUUUUAACAGACAAUUUUGUAUUAAAUACGUAUCUUACAGUCAUUAGCAACAACGAAAGUUCUUUCUUUUGUUUUUGUCUGCUAUGCACACAGUCACUUGCGUUCCCUGGAUAGCCGGCUAAUGAUGAUUAAUACCCACUUAAAUUUUCAUCUCCAGCUGGAGAUAAUUUGCUCCUAUCUUUUCUCUUUUGGUCAUGUUCAUCAUCUCUCAGUACUUUCCCAACUUAGAGAGUCUCUAGCUGCUUUUAGAAACAUUUUUGCUCUCCUUCCUUUCUCUGGAGAUUUUUUUUUAAAGCAAAAUCCACAGAUGGUCCUGGUUCCAUUGAACAAUAAAUCCUUCUGUCCUGUUUCCCCACCACACCCCCACCUUGCUUUACCACCCACUUCACGGCUGUCUGCCAAAAUCCCUUCUCCCUGUUUGAAGAGAAUCGUUCCCUCCUCUCAUUGUAGGCUCUACAUAGUUAGUGUCCUUCAGGGAACUCCUGCUUUCAUGACCAAUCCAGUUUGCUAAUUUACAGGCAUGUACACCCUUCCCACAAGAUUGUUUCCUUUCUGAUAGGGUGUGGAAUGUUUUGGUUUAUGUGUGAUUUUUGGCCCGGGUGCUUGAUCUAGGUUGGGGAAAUUAGUGGGGAAACUGUUAUGCGUUUCUGGCUUAUUUCUUGCAAAUAAUGUGUUACAGCUUUUCUGGAAUGCUGUUCUUCUGAGCUACAGUGUGUUCAUAAUACAUCCAGAGCAGUAGAGUCACGACAAUGGUUUCUAUCAUUCAGACUGAAAAGACGUUAAGCACCCAGCUGUAAAACGUCUUUGUUGAGCUGCUUCAGUCUUCCCAGGAGUUUCCGCCACCUCACUUGCUGUGGCAAAUGCUCAGGUGGACUCUGGUGAGCGAAACGAGCUUGAGCUUCCCGCUCCAAGUUCCCCUUGGAGCCGGAAGUGGAGGAAAUUAUCCCACCCCUUGCCCAUAUCCCUGAUUUGGAGGAUGUCUGGGGUUUGUUUUGGAAUUAACAUUCAGAGUCGUGUUGAAGGGCCAGAACUGCAGUACCAAAACAACAAGCCUCAGCUACCUGUCUCUGAACCUGAGAGGGAGGAAGAGUGGGGUCUUCUCCACUUGGUUCUGCACCUUCUGGGCGGUCCAGUCAAGGAAACAUAUGCGCCCCCCCAUCCCUGAGCUGGAGGCCGAGAGAGGGGUUCUGAUUACCUCUGUACCCAUCAGGCAUUCUGAUCACCCAGCAAGCAUAAAAACAAAGUAGCCCCAGCUGCCCCCUCUAAGGAAAGGAGGGGCCCAGUGUUCCCAGUGUAAUCUUUUUCAUCUGUGUGCAGAAUGAGUUUUGUUCUAGGUGGCAGUAUCAAGGCAGUGUGUGUCUUGCACACCCCCAGAGUGUGUACAAGGUCCCACAGUGGGACCUUCCUGAUUCAGCCUGAGCGGGAUCGAAAAUUAACUGAGCGGACAUCAAAAAUUGUGUGAGCUCAAACACGUGUGCACUCCUUAGAGAGAAUACUGGAGGGGCCUACCUGUGAAUAAGUCCAAUGGAGUUCAGUGGGCCCAACUCGCAGCUGUGUGUGCAGGGUCAUUAAGAAUAUAAGGACAGCCCUGCUGGAUCAGGCUCAAGGCUCAUCUAGUCCAGCAUCCUGUUUCUCUCUCGCAGUCGCUCUCCUCACACAAUUCUACACCCACUUAUCUUGGAGUAAGCCCAAUGAACACAGUGGGACCCACUUCUUCAGAAACAUGCACAGCAUUGUGCAAAGGGGCAGGAUCCUGGCUACUACAAAUUUUAGCUUGGUUAGUAAGGCUAGUGAAAAUAUGUGGACCCAUGCCAGGGGUCCAGUAUCAAAUAUAUCCACCCUCCUUCCCUUCACCAUUAGGUUGCCCACUGGUGGCUUUUGACCCUCGGCCUCCAGAAUGCUUGGUUCUGGCCCUGGCUUCUGGUCUAGGACUUCUAGGAACACAUUUCCAGCUGAUUCCUAGAUGCUGAGAGGUUGCUGGUUUUCUGCCGGAUGUCUCGUUUCUUCUCAUUGCCCACAUGCCAAGAAUAUUACAGGUUGAGUUCUGAGAACAGCACCUUACUUGGAGUUCAUCAGAUAAGUUCACAGUGCCUUUCUUGUUUGGUCUGUGUGGCUCCAACGUGUUAAGUGCAUUAGGGUGGGAGACAGGUGGGCCUAAUAAAGCUGAAAGUUAGUCCGGGUGGUGAUGGAGAAGGAAAUGCUCCCGUCAUCUCUGAUCCUUGUAGAAGCUAACUGAAGCUUAAUGAAAACUCCAAACCCAAAUCGAAGAAACACAGAGGGUUGCAUUCACUCUAGCACUUUAUACCUAAAACGAUGAAUGCAAGCACCCCCACCACUUUUUAGGUUUGCACUGUACUAGUUUGGUAUUCAUUUAUUCAUUCAUUCAUUCAUUCAUUCUCUCUCUCUCUCUCUCUCCCAUAUCACCUUUUCCCUCUCAGUAUGAUACAUGUAAACCAAAGAAAAGCAGAAGCUUUAAAUCUAGCUAAGACGGUGUAGAGCUAUAUUGGGGAUAAGAAGCAGCAAAUGCUGUGGAUGUAGAAUAGGAGUAAGCCAAUACAAGAACUAAUGUUUCUAGCAACGUCCAAAAAUCAGAGAGAGUAACUUGGUGUUCUCUACAAGAAGAAAGGGGGUGGGCAGUACCAGGGAGCAGAAGACACUAGAAAGGCCAUUACCCUCAACCGGUGCAAAGAAGCAGGCUAUUGAGAAAAGCUGGGGGGGGGAGGGAAACUCCUUUCCAGGCGCACUUGAACUUUAUCCAGUCCCUCCCCCAAGUGGCGUUGCUUGUCUAGUCCUAUAGAAUACUGGGUUGCCCUAGCUGAAGAACUCAGACAUCACUCCAUGCAAGGAUUAAAUAAGAACAGUUGCCCAUGAAAAAGGGAUUUACACCCCAACGGUGUUUGUCUUCCGCAGCUUAUUUCAGUACAUAGUGUGCAUGUUUGAAACAUAGUGUAUGCGUAGGUGCACUAAUUUAAAACUGUAGAUGCAGGAUUAAGCUUGCUUGCUUGGUUUCCCCCCUUGGGUCGCAUCCGUACGUUCCCACUCCAGGAGUGUUCUUUCUCCAGCUCUGCGGCAAAAUGCUUUCCCCCACAUUGCCUCUGGUCAGCCCCAAUGUGAAUGGAGCCAGGCAAAACCCAUGUGUGGCUAUUGGUCAUGACAGUCCUGCUAGCAUGUCUGCCACUCGCUGUAUGUUUUAUUGGAUUGCAUUUUAGCCUCUGGCCAAAUUUUGUCAGUGCAAACUGGUGUGGCUGCAGCUUGGGUGUAACUGCAGGGAGGCUGGACUGCAUGGCAAGGGGUUUGUGUGGAAGGGCUCCUGAUUUGUUUGCGAGUGGGGUUUUUUUUUGGGGGGGGGGGGUCAUCAUGCUCGUGCCAUUUACCAUGGCAUGGGGGAAACUGCCAAGAUGUCAUGGGGAGCCCCUUUGGACAAAAGACUUGCCCUGUGGACCUGCCCUUCACACACAUCUUCCAUUUCAAGAGGCUGCCAGGCCACAGUUUGGACAUAUCAACUGAGCCUUUGGCUAUGUUCUGUUGGAGACAGCUGUUUAAAGCAGUCUAAGGUCAGCUGAACAAACUCUCCUUUCUUGGCUUUCUCCCAAAUAGAGAUAAUUUGCUAAUGAUCUGCAAAGCGGCACCUUUGGACUAGGCUUAACUGCAUGCUCCCUUGAGUCUCACUGCUGCGUGUUGAGAAGCUGGAGCAUUGAUCUUGACUGUUCUCCCUCCUCAUGGUGAUCCCCCACCUCCCAAAGAGGCUGCAGCAAGUGAGGAAGCAAUAAACAUCACCCAUCACCCCCUGGAUCGAAUUGGGUCAAACCUGAAUGCCUUUUAUACUGCCGUCAGUUGGCAUUUCGUUAUCAUUUUGGCAUAUGCUGUGUAUAUACUCAUGCAUGUUCCAAAAGAUGCACAGCCAUACAGCUGUUUAUGAUAGAACGUCUUUUCCCCUCCAGGAGGGUGUUUCAGAUGGUUUCAGGGCAGUUGUAGAAACAAGAGGUUUUGGAAGAAAGUGUUGCCACAACUUGCUUUGAAGUGAGCCUCUAAUUAGAGAGUGGAUUCUAGGGUUGAUUCUCUUCAUAGGUCCUUCUUAUGCAAGGUGUGAGGAGACAUUCUGACCAAAAACCUGUGUGGGGGAAAAUCAUUCUAACGGAUGGAUACUGUGGGUAUGUUGGAGUGGAUUCUUUGUAAGGAUAGCGAGAUGAAGCACAUUGCACACAAGGUGUCCUGAACUGUAGACCUUGCUUUCAUUUCUUGAGUGUUAUUACAGAAAUUGCACAAGUGCCCCAGGGAAUCCAGACUGCAUCACAGCUUUGAAGUGGAGCCUGGCUAGGAAAUCCAGGUGCAGAUUGAUGCACCUGUGCUGGCUGUCCAAACUGAGGAAGAAUAGACCCUGCUGCCCUUACAGUUGCAUUGUGGCAGCAGCCUCCAGUAAAGGCACAGCCCUGAGUGUUGGCUUCUCUGUUCUCCUUGUUGCUGCAAGCCUUGUGUGCUCUAGGGUUUUUUAAGGAGCUAGAACGGGCUCCUUAGGAGGAUGACACAGCCCUGCACUCAGAACUGCAAGAUGAAGGUACUUCCUAGCCAGAUUAUUUGAAGGAUGCCACCUUUGAAUCCUGAAGAAGGAAGCAAGCACGUUGCUAGGGGAACCGGCACUGCAGUAGAUGGCUCAGGAAACUUGGCAAUACUUGAAGCAUACAAGGGGGCUUGCAUGCUGAACAAUGCAAGAGCUAGAGUCCCUUGGAGAAAAAGUACUUUUGCUACAGUAUCGGGAGGAAAGCCUCCUUAAGUCCUGUGGCGUGAGUUGGCGUGGAGGUUGGUGAUGGUUGGUGAUGGUCAUGCUUAUUGAGGGAAACUGAUUCUCUCCUGUCUCCUGUUUUGGCUUACACUUUUCAAUUCAGGUUUUGAGUACAGCUAACCAAGCUUCAAUCACAGCCACUGAACACAUUGACUGGUGUUUUUUCAUCUGCCUUCUUAAUCUACUUUGAAACACAGCCCUUCUUGAAAUGUUUCCAGUCACGUUUGCUCUCAUUGUCUCGCUCUUCUUCUUCUUCCCCACCUCUUCCUCCUCUUUCUUCUUGAAAAAGGGAGACGCUGUGUUCUCUUGCAGUUUUGCCAAAGCUAGGCUUUUCAGCCUGGUAAUAUGUCUUCACGUUGUUGAAAGAAAGAGAAGCCCCAGCAGUCUGAGAAAUCAUAUACAAGCAUCAUAAGACCUUUGCCUUUGUAGAUGAGGCACCUCAGAAACCCCACAUCUUGUCUCCAGGUCUGAAUUGUCAAAAGGUCUUCCUGAUUUACCAAAGGUGCUCCACUUCACAAACGGAUGGUCUUGCCAUCUCUGUGCAGAUGCCAACCAUGUUCCCAAAGCCUUCUGUUGUUGUUGCAAAACUGCAGUUAUGCAAGAAUCCACGGGACACCUUUCUUUUCCACAAGUAGCUGCCUGAUUUUAUUGUUUUUUUGUUUUUGUUUUAAAUAUAGAUAUAUUAUAUGGAGAGCUUUUACGAUCAAUACAUUGAGGGUAGGAGGGUGGGGGAAAGAGAACCCUGAAUGCUUAACCACAAAGGGGGUUUCGUAUCUCAUAAAAUGAAAUAUGUAUCUAAUGAAUUAUAUAUAAAUAUAUAUAAAUAUAUAGGCAUAUAUCAGCUCUUUCCUCCUCAAUGGCUGCAAUUCCUUAUGCAAUGACAUGAUUGAUGUGUCACUUCCUGAAAUGUAUGCAGAUCUGGGGGUUCCAACCCCUCUCUCUCUUUCUAGAAACUUUGUCAUAGGUUCUCCUGCCUUUGAUAGCCGCGUGGCUGGGGGGGAAGGUGAGAAAGGCAGAGAGAUGGGUCUACUUAACUGGUAAGCCAACAAAUAAUUCACCUAAGUGCUCCUGUGAGCAGGUCCUCACAAGCUAGCAUUUUGCCUGUCCCGUGGUUCCCGUGGCUCUGUGUUGUUACCACAGGCCUGGGUGAGCUGUGGCAUUUCAUCUUUGUAUUCUGCGAUUUUUAAAAUUAAAUAAAUAUGUUUAAAAAAACCACA